AUGGCACCCACUCCUCCAUUCAACCCUCCCUCCGCUGACCUCCCCGGAAAGCCUUUCGUGCCCGAAUGGAUUCCCCCGGCCGUGACCAAGGAGAAGCACAACUUUGCGCAGCUCAAGUCGAUUGAUCUGUCACUGCUGGAUUCCGAGGAUCCAGCGGUCGUGGACAAUCUGAUUCAACAGGUCAAGGUGGCUAUUCGCGAUGAUGGCUUCCUCUUCCUGGAAAACUACGGAGUCUCAUUGGAACAGCUGCACCGCCAAUUCGCCCUCGCUCAAUACCUCUACAACAACAUCAGCGAGGAAGACAAAGAGCGACUUCUUUUCGACCCCGACACGGGCGUCUGGUCGGGAUAUAAGCAUCCUUAUGGAUUCAAGCGCCACCGCGGCCCCCCCGACGGCAUCGAGCAAUUCAACUGGUACAAGCCCGACUGGGCAUCCCCCCAAACGCGGGUCCCUUCCUGUCUGCACCCCUUCAUGGACGAAAUCGAAUCCUUCGCCACCUACCUCACCCAAUCCGUGAACCGCCGCCUCCUGACCCUCUUCUCCCGCGUCCUCGAACUCCCCGACGACUACCUCUGGCACCACGUGCAAUCCCACGGCAGCCCCACCGGCGAAGGCUACUUCCGACACGCGCUCUUCCGCCCCGUGCCAAAACAAACCGAAGAAGCGUCCAAGGGACUCCGCAUGCACGGGCACACGGACUUUGGUCUCACGACGCUGCUGUUCUCCGUGCCCAUCAGUUGUCUCCAGAUCUGGGGCCGCGAUGAACAGUGGUAUUAUGUGCCGUAUAAGCCGGGGGCGUUGGUGAUUAAUAUUGGGGAUACCUUGGAGAUUGUCUCGGGGGGACAUUUUAAGGCGACGAGGCAUCGGGUGUUUCGGCCGCCGGUGGAUCAGAGACACGAGGAGAGGUUGAGUUUGGUGUUGUUUAAUAGUUCGGUGGGGGGGUUGAGGAUGCAGCCGGCUUAUGAAUCCCCGCUUAUUCAACGGGAAGGCUGUGUCGAGGAACAGGGGGUGUAUAAGGAGUUUCGGAACCUCACGGCGCAGGGCAAGUUGGUCCCGACGAAUAAACAGUGGCGAGAGAUUCAGAUCGCGACGGUCACGGAUCCCACGGAUACAGUGCGGAAUCGGGUCGGGGCGGAUCAGGUGUUGAUUGAUGGGAAGGUCAUGCAUCAGAGGGAGUAUAUGGGGGUCAAGGUGGUGUUGCCAGUGUAA